UAAUUAUGUUGCUGAUAUUUUUGGCUCCAAAAAGUUGUCAGUGUCCUACUGUCCUUAUUCUCCUCGAGAAAAACCGUUACCACAGGAACACAAAAGACAACAACAAUACCAACAAUAAAAAAUAAUGUCAUGCCAGGAUAACAUUGCUGCCGGUCAUUUCCUGAUGGAUUCUUUGAUGGGAGGAUCAUCUUCUUCCUAUAGAGGCGAGGGCUUCUCCGGCAGCAACCCAGGAAUGUACAUCCACUCGGCUGCAUCUGAGUAUGGAUGCUCAAUGAUGAGACAUUUUGGAGUAGUUGGAUCGCCCCUUCCCAAAAAAGACGAGGUUCCUCCGAGUAGCCACCCUCUCGGCUCCUACCAAGAUGCGCUAUACCUGUCAUCCCAACUGGGCACUUGGACCUCUGUUUCUAAAACUAACAGUGACGAGCAACCUGUUGCCCAGUCCAGUUUACAACCGUGUUCGUUUCCAAUCGACAACGUCAAAAAAGAGGCGUUCUGUUGUCUGUAUCAGGGUGACAGUAGCAGCAGGGCUAAUACGGACAAUACAGAGUCGGCUACUUACAUUCGGCUUGGGAACAAUAGCAGCAGCCAGACGGACCAAAUCGCUGUCUCGGAGGUGUCCGAAUGUUAUGGAGGUGUAAGACGGGUAUACCCAGGAGAGAGCAGGGGACAGCGAGAGGAGCAGUUCGGGGCAGGGUUUGCGUCUUUGGCCCCGGUGACGACAUCUGUUGAAUCACCAAGAGAAUCAACGGUUAACAAAUCUACGCAGGAGAAAGUUAGCGAGGAAACAGGCAUCGAAGAGGAAGAACAGCGAAAGCGCAAGAAAGAAGAGAGUGCAAAGACUGACAGUUCUUCUGAUAACUCUGACGAAUUGAAAGAUGAUUUUACAUUGGAAAAUGCUCCAGGAAACUGGUUAAAAGCCAAAACUGGACGGAAGAAGAGAUGCCCGUACACGAAGCAUCAGACGCUCGAGCUGGAAAAGGAGUUCUUGUUUAACAUGUAUCUGUCUCGCGAGCGCCGUCUGGAGAUCAGUAAGAGUAUCGAUCUGACCGAUAGACAGGUAAAGAUCUGGUUCCAGAACCGAAGGAUGAAGCUCAAGAAACUCAAUAGUGAAAGUCGGGGUCGGGAUCAUCUUAUGGCGGCCUACAACUUCACCUGA